GACCAGGCAGCCGAGCCUGAGCAAGGCUAAGGCUAUAUAUAGCCUUGGCGUGCCCGCCAGACGCUUCUCCGCCAUAAGCUCAUGGCGGUGGCCGCCGCUCCGUCUCUCGCGCCGCCCCGACCUCCGCGCCCCGCCCCGAAGCCCCGCCGCGCACGCUCCCGGCCGCCGCGGGAGCGGGAGGUCGUCUCCUGGACGUCCGCCAUCGCGCGCGCGGCGCGGCAGGGCGACCUGCCCGCGGCUGCCGCGGCGCUCUCCGCCAUGCUCUCCUCCCCCGCCGCGCCCGCGCCCAACGACGUCACGCUCCUCACCGUUCUCUCCGCCUGCGCUGACUCCCCGUCCUCCCCGCUAGCCCGCCCCUUGGCGCUCUCCCUCCACUGCCUCGCGCUCAAGCUCUUCCCCUCCCACCUCCUCCUCUCCACCUGCCUCGCGCGCUUCUACCUCGCGUCCCGCCUCCCGCACCUCGCGCUCCAACUGUUCGCCUCCAUGCCGGUCCGGUCCGUCGUCACCUACAACACCAUGAUCUACGGGCUCAUGCGCAACGGCCUCGUGGCCGCCGCGUUCGAGGUGUUCGACGGAAUGCCCGGCCCGGAUAAGGUCUCCUGGACUGCGCUCAUCGACGGGUGCGUCAAGAACGGCCGCCACGACGAGGCCAUAGACUGCUUCCACGCCAUGCUGCUGGACGGCGUCGAGCCGGAUUACGUCACGUUGAUAGCCGUCGUCUCCGCGUGCGCCGAGGUCGGCGCGCUCGGGCUCGGGAUGUGGGUGCACCGGUUUGCGGUCAGGCAGGGUCUGGAGCGCAACGUACGCGUCGACAACUCGAUGAUCGACAUGUACGCGCGGUGCGGACAGGUGGAGCUCGCGCGGCAGGUGUUCGACUCCAUGAGGAAACGGACAGUGGUUUCUUGGAACUCGAUGAUCGUCGGGUUUGCUGCCAAUGGCCGAUGCACAGAAGCAAUCGAGCACUUCGAGGUGAUGCGGAGGGAGGGGUUCAAGCCGGACGCGGUGACGCUCACCGGCGUGCUCACGGCCUGCAGCCACGCCGGCCUCACCGAGCAGGGGCUGAGGUACUACGGCCUCAUGACGACAGAGUACGGCGUCGCCGCACGGAUGGAGCACUACGGGUGCGUGGUCGACCUGCUCGGCCGGGCCGGGCGUCUCGACGAGGCUAUGCGCGUGGUAAAGGCCAUGCCGAUGCGGCCGAACGAGGUGGUGCUGGGAGCUCUCCUCGCUGGGUGCCGGAUGCACGGGGACGUGGACAUGGCCGAGCAGCUGAUGCAGCACCUCCUCGAGCUGGACCCCGGGGGCGACGCCAACUACGUGCUGCUGUCCAACAUCUACGCGGCCGUGGGGAAGUGGGACGGCGCGGGGAAGGUCCGGAGCCUGAUGAAGGCGCGCGGGGUGAAGAAACGGCCGGGGUACAGCGCCGUGGAGAUCGACGGCGAUGUGCACGAGUUCGUGUCCGGCGAUCGGUCACAUCCGCAGGCCGGGGAGAUUGGCCAGAUGCUUGGGUUGCUCAGGUAUGAGAUGGCGAGGUAUGGCCAUGAUGAGCAUGGAGGCAGCUGCUUGGAUGAUGAUUGAGCUGAGAACUGCGCGGAUGCCAAUGAUUGCGCUGCAGAGGGCGCCCUAGCUGAGAACAGAUGUUUGCGCUGUAGAUCAGUGCGUGCAGUCACAGCUAUUAACCCAUUGUGAUUUCCCAUCA